UUAAUACUGCAACACAAAGUGAGGCUCGCCACACAGCAGGCGUGGUCCUUACCGUGUGGUGGUUCAACCAAGGGGAGAAAUUACAGCUUUGCCACGAAACCCACCGCCACCACCACCACUACACCAUGACUAAAUGGCUUCAUGUGGCGGUGUUCGUGUCAACCGCCCUUGCCCUCGCAACGCCACAGCAUGGAGAGGACAGGGAUGUGUUACAGGGGAGUAAAAAGUACGACCAUGAAGGUGAAAAGGUGAGAACCGCUAGGGUGGUACUAGAGUCCCCAGCCCGACGACCACCUGGGCAGCCUAAUCCAAGACAUGAUGGCAAGGUAUCCCAUCUACGUGCCGCAAGCAGCAUAGGGGCAAGCAUGUCACAAACGGCAAGGCUGUCUGCCUGUGGCUCCGAUGACGUGUACCUGUGUGCCAGCGGCGAUGUGAUCUGCAUGGUCCAAGUGUGUGAUGGUGUGGCGGACUGCCCUGAUUGGGAGGACGAGGCCGGCUGUGCCUGCCCCGGAGACACCAUCCUUUGUGACGACGUCAUAUGCAUCGAUAACACUAAUGUGUGUGACGGGGUGAAGGACUGUGCUGACGGGACGGACGAGGAGCACUGCGACUCCACCACCACACCGAACACACCUGCAACCCAGAACACCACUUACCCAGCGACCACUGCCGCCACACCUGCCACCCAGAACACCACUUACCCAGCCACCACCGCCGCCACACCUGCCACCCAGAACACCACUUACCCAGCCACCACCGCCGCCACACCUGCCACCCAGAACACCACUUACCCAGCCACCACCGCCGCCACACCUGCCACCCAGAACACCACUUACCCAGCCACCACCGCCGCCACACCUGCCACCAAUACCACCACUACUACCACUCCUGCCACCACCACUUCGAAGCCCUCUUGUAGUAAUGGUGUCCGUCCCAAACUCUGCAAGGACUGCAAGACUUACGCCUGCUUCUGUGAUGGAAUGGUGGAAUGUCCCAGGGGUGAGGAUGAGUACCGAUGCAAACCAGAAGGGUGUGAGGUUGGUCAGUGGCAGUGUAGGUGUGACGGCACUUGUAUCCCACAACACGCUGUUUGUAACCGACGGAAGGACUGCCGCGAUGGCUCUGACGAACGUGGCUGUGUCCCAGGCACUGGGUGGUGGAAGUGCCGGAGGGGCGGGUGGAUCAGGAUGUGGCAGAGGUGCGAUGGACGAAGACACUGCCAUGACGGGUCUGACGAAUGGUUCUGUCCACAUAAACACCACUGUCACGGCGCGCACCACUGGCUCUCCUCCCUCUCCCGGCGCUCACGACUCAAACACCUGCUGGAACUCUUUGAUGGUGAUGGUGUUUACAGUGAUAGCGAGGACACUGAGGCCUGUCGUCACCCUCACCUUUCACCAACCAACCUGUGGCCUCGCCGUGCCGUACUGGAGCUAGAUGAGGGAGCAACCUUUAGCCUUAGCGGGAUCAGCACCAUCGCCAGCACUACCACCACCACCACCACUACCACCACCACUACUGCCAUGGCCAACUUGCAUCAUAUGGUGCUUGUGUCGGAGUCCUUGCUUUUGCUAGACGGCAGCUGGUGCCCCGCUGCCCGCAGUCCUGCUGUUCGCCGGGCACUCGGCGGCCACCAGACGGUGCGUCGCAAGGACUCUGUUGAUAUGACAACGUGUAUGAGAAACAUUGCAAUUACUAAUAUGUUGAAGGUGGACGCUGGAUGGUAUAUCCCAGGAAUGUCAACAACUGAUAGUGUGAGAAUGGCUGAUGUGAUGGAGCCGAGAUGCGUGGGUGACGAAGACCUGACGUUCGAAGGGGAGGAUGUGCUAAGUGCCAACGUGGUGCCUGAAGUGCCUGGGGCGGGGUUCCUGCAGAAGUCCGGCGUGGCACUGGUGCGUCGUCGGCAUCAACUGUGGCCUUGGAGCUACGAUGAUGAAGAUUAUGGAAACGCAGUAGUGGAGGACGAGGAAGGGUCUGGCCUGCUUUCUGAGUGCCUUGUGGGGUUCCCGUGUGAUGGUGUACGAUGCAUCCCUGCAAACCAGGUGUGUGACAAGAAGCUGGACUGUGUGGACGGUGCAGACGAGGCCAGAUGCGUUAUUCUCAUCCCAACCACCACCACAACUACCACCACCACCACUGCCAGGCGCCGAGUGUGCGGUAACAAGAAAAGGCCAAGGUUGUGCAAGGACGGCGUGACCAGGGCGUGUUUCUGUGACUCCGUACGUGAAUGUCCGGGAGGGGAGGACGAGGCUAAGUGCUCUAAAAUGUCUCGAGGGUGCCGGAAGGGGAUGUGGAGGUGCCGUGACGGAGGCUGCGUGAAGAAUGCUGCCAGGUGUGAUGGUUUCUGGGACUGUCAAGAUGGCUCCGACGAGAGUAACUGCCCUGCUGUAUAUAGAUGCAAGCAGGACGAGUGGACGUGUGGGGACGGUUACUGCCUCAGCAUGAAUUGCCGCUGUGACGGAACCAAGCAGUGUUUGGAUGGCACGGACGAAGAGAACUGCCCGCGAGUGUGCCAGCCCUGGGAGUUCCAGUGCUCAAGUGACAAGUCCUGCGUCUCGAAGGCGUGUCGCUGCAAUGGAUACUGGGAUUGUGCAGACGGCUCCGACGAAAAAGGCUGUCAAACACCAGUGUGCCAGGCCGGGGAGUUCCAGUGUUGGAAUGGCAAGUCCUGCGUCUCGGAGGCGUGUCGCUGCAACGGGUACUGGGAUUGUGCUGACGGCUCCGACGAAAGAGAUUGCGAAAAUACUCCAGUGUGCCAGGCCGGGGAGUUCCAGUGCUGGAGUGACAAGUCCUGCGUCUCAGAGGCGUGUCGUUGCAACGGAAACUGGGAUUGUGCUGACGGCUCCGACGAAAGAGGCUGCAGGGCGCCAGUGUGUCAGACCGGGGAGUUCCAGUGCUGGGGUGACAAGUCUUGCGUCUCGGAGGCGUGCCGCUGCAACGGAUACUGGGAUUGUGCUGACGGCUCCGACGAAAACGGUUGUCAAACACCAGUGUGCCAGGCCGGGGAGUUCCAGUGCUGGAAUGACAAGUCUUGCGUCUCGGAGGCGUGUCGCUGCAACGGAUACUGGGAUUGUGCUGACGGCUCCGACGAAAGUGAUUGCGAAAGUACUCCAGUGUGCCAGAUCGGUGAGUUCCAGUGCUGGAGUGACAAGUCCUGCGUCUCGGAGGCGUGUCGCUGCAACGGAAACUGGGAUUGUGCUGACGGCUCCGACGAAAGAGGCUGUGUAAACGUUUGUCAGGCUGGAGAGUUCCAGUGCAGUGACGGGUCUUGUAUCACUGGCCGGUGUCGCUGCAAUGGCUUCUGGGAGUGUGCUGAUGGCUCGGACGAACAAGGGUGUGCAGUGUGUCAGGCCUGGGAGUUCCAGUGCUGGAGUGACAAGUCUUGCAUUUCGGAGACGUGUCGCUGCAACGGGUACGCAGAUUGUGCUGACGGUUCUGACGAAAGCGGUUGUGUAGAACCACAAGCACCAGUGUGUCUGCCAGGGGAGUGGCAGUGCGCUGACCUGUGCUGCAUCCCUGAGUCGGGGCGCUGUGAUGGAGUGUGCCAGUGUGAAGACAACUCAGACGAAGUCAACUGCCUGUACGUUCCGCCCACCUCUCUUACCUUCUUUCCUUCCAUCUCAGGGAUCGUGAGGAUAACACUCACUUUCUAAUUUUGAAAUGGUAAAGUUAAUGAUCGUGGCAGCGCUUGCUGGGAAGCCUCAUAGCAGCCACCACGUGUGACGACUCCCAAGACAGUGCUCAUGGCUCCGACCAACGAUGCCUUGCUAAAUCAUGGGCGACGAACAAUUCUGAACUAAAAUAAAGACGGUGAAGAAUGUUGUACUAAAUUAAGGAUGACGGAAAAUGAUUUACCAAAUUAUGGAAGACGAAGAAUGAUGUACUAAUUUAUGGAUGACGAACACUGCUGCACUAAAUUAUGGACGACGAAUACUAGAUGACAAGCAAUUCUGUGCGACAUUAUGGACGACGGACAAUGCUGUAAUAAUCAUAGACGACGAACAAUGUUGUACUUAAUUAUAGAUGACGAAGGAUUACGUAGGUACUAAAUCAUAGACAGCGAAGAAUUAUGUACCAAAUUAAAAAUAAAAGGUUGAGCAGAUAUGCAAAAAGAGCGCAGACUCCUGAAAAUCAAAUUCAAAUGUUCUAUUAGCCAUAUCAAUGUAAGAAAAGUACAUGCCUGAUGCUGUAUAUUGAUUCAUCACAUACUAGUAGACACCUUUUUUGUAUUCUAUAUUCUAUUUCCCGGUGAUAGAGGAAAGUUACAUCUUAUUGACGGUCUGAUUAGUCUUAUGUUGGUAUACAGUUAGAUAUUCCUUGUAUUCGUUAUCACCCUUGUCUUUAUCCCGCAAGAGUUGAGAUUGAGAUGCACUGGUUGCCUAAAGUAGAAGAGGCAGAAUUCUAAAGCAACGCUAGUUAGAGAUGAUAUGAUAAAGACACCACACUGAAGUAAGGGUUGUCCUUGUCCUCGUUCACUGGUUUUCUGAAGUAGCAGUGACAGUUGAAAAAUAUUGGAAAGUCUUAUGCCAGUUCUAGGCGAUAAGAUCAAGACAUUCUCCUUAGCAGGGACAAAGGAAGGGAUGAAGGUGAGGGCGAGAAAUGUGUUAAGCAUUGAUUACUCUGGUAUAUUAUUUUGUCAAUGUAUUUCCUUCCACCAAACACUAUGAUAUAUUUCUUCCUCAAAAUAAAACUAUGGAAAGAUAUCGCAUUAAAUCAAUCUUGUUAA